AUGCUGGGCGUGGUGACGGCGAUGGAGACGUUCUGCGGCCAGGCGUACGGCGCGCGCAAGUACCAGAUGGUCGGCGUCGUGCUGCAGCGCGCGCUGGCGAUAUCCCUGGCGUACUGCGCGGGCGCGCUGCUGCUGUGGACGCGGGGCACCUACCUGUUAGUCAGGAUGGGUCAGGACCCCCAGAUCGCGGCGGCCGCGGGCGCCUUCACCCUGGCGCUGGGGCCGGCGCUGGUGCUCGACGCUGCUGACCAGUGCUGCAGGCGCUACCUGUCUGCCCAGUCGGUGGUGCAGCCGCUGAUGGUGGUGACGCUGCUGGCCACGCUGCUGACGCCCCUUUUCCUGUACGUCUUCGUCUUCCGGUACAAGAUGGGCCUCCUGGGGGCGGCUGUGGCGUGGGACCUGACGCAGGCUGCCAGCUUACCGCCCAGCAAGUGCACCUGGGGCGGCUGGACGCGAGAGGCGUUUGAGGGCUGGACCCAGUACAUCACGAUGGCGGUGCCGUCCAUGGUCAUGAUCUGUGAGUGA